UCUACUUUCAUCGUGCCAAAAAAGUACAGUUUCAUCUCAAUCGAAGCAGGCAUCAAUUGCUAGUCUCCGUAAACAUAAACCCAAGUUUCCAUAGAUCCGGAAGACCAAUUUUUCGUGUUUCUAUUUCAUCCAUUCUUCUCACAACCAUAUUACAAUGCCAGCAUACCAUUCUACAUUUCUUACGGAAGAAUCUGCUGAUAACAGAAUUGUGGGCAACAUAGUAUUGUUACCUAUCCAUAGCAAGUUUAGAGGCCCAGCAUAUACCCCAGAACAAGAAUAUGACAUUGUCGAAGAAGUCUUGGAUUUAUUCAGAGCCAACUCGUUCUUCAAGAACUUUGAUAUCAAUGGUCCCGCUGACAGAUUGUUGAUCUACGGCAUUUUGUUCGUAAGUGACUGUCUUUCCAAGUUGAACAAGUCAGUCAACUACAAGGAAGCAGUCAAAGUGUUGAAUAACUUGUCGUUGGAUAGUUUCAGUUUGCCAGGAGAUAUUGGUUUUCCUUUGAACUCUUAUUUCCAGCCACCUGCCAACAGGAACGAGGCCGACUUGUUGAGAUCGUAUUUGCAACAAUUCAGACAAGAGUUGGCUGAUAGGUUGUUGUCGAGAAUCUAUGCUGGUGACGAGUCUACACCAAGCAAGUACUGGUUGGCAUUCACCAAAAGAAGAUUCAUGAACACCAGUUUGUAGUAGCAUUGAAUGAAUGAUAAAUUUGUAGA